AUAGCCCUCUUCUUCGGCACAAAAAUUCUUCCUUUUUCAGCAAUGGCAAUUGUGUCUGAAAAUGGAUGGACUUCCACCGCCAUAAACCCAUUGCAGAAAACAAGACAGUCAACGACUCUGCCACGUGUUCCUCCUCGGAGUUCUUUAAGAAAUUUGUCAGCCUUUUCCCCUUUCUUCACAAGACAGAAAUCCGGGUGCCCUUUUUAUUUGGGUUUUAGGGGUUGGUGUGAAGAAGAGGAUUUUGGUUGGAAAUGAAUGGGGAUGGAGGAGGGGAUAAAGGUUGUGCUUUUGAAAUAGGGGUUGUGGUUCCAAAGAAACACGAAGAUGAGAGCAAUGAAUGUGUUGAGGUUCUUAUUGAUGAGUUUCAAAAGGCGGGACUCCUUGUGGACAGAGUUGUUGGCAUUCAAAAUGAAUAUAUUAAGCUGGCAGCAUCAUUGCGUGUUCUGGGACAGGCUGCAGCCGAGUUGCGAAUGAAGAAACGAACUCAUAUUGGAGUGGACUUGCAGUUUGAAUGGGAUGAAGUUGAAGCAUUUUCCAAUCAGCCCGAUGGUUCCUUGUUCAGUUGGUCCGAGCGUUUCAACUGCUAUCAUUACUUGCUGUAUAAAAUUGUGAACAAGGGCGAGUCGGUUAGGACAUUAGCUGCUGGCUGCGAGGAAGUUCAAUGGGAGCCAGGAGAAUCACUACUUAGAAAAUUAGAAUUUGAGGGGAUUGUUAAAGAAGUUUUCCCUUUGCAUGAUGAAACGAAGAGGAAGAAACUUCUUAAAAGUUGGGCACUUAACUGGUGGGACCUGACAGCGCAGCCCAUUGACAAUAUCUGUUCAUAUUAUGGAACAAAGAUUGCUACAUAUUUUACAUUUCUUGGGAUGUACACAAGAUGGAUGCUCUUUCCUGCUGCAUUCGGACUGGCAGUACAGUUGGUUGAUUUUGGAUCUUUGCAGAUGUUUGUUCUUCCUGCUUUCUUUAUAUGCCUAGUCUCAUGGGCAGUAUUGUUUUUGCAGUUCUGGAAACGUAAAAAUGCUGCUCUUCUUGUCAGGUGGCAGAUAAAUUACCCAGUUGGAGGAUAUGGUGAAUUUAAAUUUGUGGAGAGAGAAUGGGGUCUGUUUCAGGCCCCGGCAGAGCUCGCGAAGCAAUGGGGGAUUGAUAGCACAAAAGAGAAAGAAACAUCCCAAAGAGAGGAAUGGUUUGGGAACUUGAUGAGAUUCAGAAAUGAUGCAUUGAUUAUACUGAGCAUUAUCUGUCUACAGCUGCCGUUUGAACUGGCUUUCGCUCACCUCUAUGAGGUUUUAAGCUCUGAUAUAUUGAAGUUUGCUCUGACAGCUAUAUACCUCCUUGUCAUCCAGUAUUUCAAUGGAGUUGGAGGCAAAAUAUCUGCCAAACUUGUAAAAUAUGAGGGCAAUAAGAAUAUAGAAUAUAGAGCUGACAGUUUGGUUUACAAGGUCUUUGGUCUUUACUUCAUGCAAACAUACAUUGGAAUUUUCUAUCAUGCCCUUUUGCAUCGCAACAUUUUGACACUUCGUCAAGUUUUGGUUCAGCGUCUAAUUUUAUCAGAGGUGCUUGGUAAUCUGGUGGAAAAUUCUUUGCCUUACUUAACAUAUAGCUUUAGGAAAUAUCGAGCAGUUAGGAAAAACAAGAGAAAAUCUGAUGGAGCACUGUCCAAAGCAAAAAUCCAAUACUUCUCAAGGAUAGAAAAGGAAUACCUUAAGCCAGUUUAUUCUGCAAGCAUUGGGGAGGAGCUUGAAGAUGGACUAUUUGACGAUUUUCUGGAAUUGGCACUGCAGUUUGGAAUGAUCAUGAUGUUUGCUUGUGCAUUCCCACUCGGUUUUGCCUUUGCUACAUUGAACAACAUAACUGAAAUCAGAACAGACGCGCUUAAGCUCUUAGCCAUCUUCAGAAGGCCGAUUCCUCGGCCAAAUGCCACGAUUGGUGCUUGGCUUAAUAUAUUUCAGUUUCUGAUAGUGAUGUCCAUAUGUACAAACUGUGUGCUUCUGGUAUGCUUAUACGAUCGGGAAGGAACCUGGAAAAUGUCACCUGGCCUUGCAGCAAUCCUCAUAAUGGAACAUGUUCUGCUGUUGAUAAAAGCUGCUUUUUCUCACCUUGUUCCCGCUGAACCGGAGUGGGUGAGGGCAAACCGUGCAAAGAAUGCAAGCUACGCACAGGAUAUGUGUUCCCGCCAGCUUCUGAGGAGUAUUUCUAAUGAGAAGAUGCACAAAUGCAAAUGACAAUGAUGGAUAUGUUGGUUUGAGAAUCAUAUCAAUAUUUUUGUAGCAAAACUGGUUUCUGUUCAAAUGUGUAAGCUAAGCUUCAUUUGAACCCAAGGGUUAGUGUCAUCCUAUAUACAACUUGUUAUCAAUGUCAGGAACCACACAUAGACCAGAUAUAUGAAUCCAUAGGAAUAUGGACCAAUAGUUCUGCCACCAGAAAUGGAAAACUUUCAUAAUAAAAUCUCAAUCUAAAU